AUGACGAAAGAAGAUACACUCACCCAGUUAGAUAGGAACAGUGUGCAACUUAUAAUUCUACCAAGCCAGAAUUUGCAAACCGCGUCUUUUUCAAAGGUUUCCUUAGAAGGAAAAGAUUACUUGAUAUCAAAACCGGAGCAAACCUUAUUAGCUUUAAACAAGACUGAUUUUAAAGAUAGUUAUGAUACAAAGCAGAAACUCACUAAAGCAUUGGAACCAUUGAAAUCGGUGUUGAUUUCGUCAAUGCCGAAUAAGACAAAGGAUGAACCUUGCCUAAUAGUCGGUCAGAAACCAGAGAUAUACGUUGCAACCCCCUUUAAUGUGAUUUAUUUUGUAUUAUCAUAUUGUGUUAAUAUUUUAAAGAGGGAGAAACAGCGAAUGCUUCCAUAUGAUGAUUUACUUGAAAGAUUAGAGGAUUCAAACUCCAUUAAAGAACUAAUCAGAUUGAAAAUACCGUUCGAAAACUCCCUAAAGCUAAUAUGCGACACGGUUCAAGAGAACGACGAGACAUUUUACAAAGUGUCUAUCAAAAAGAUAACUGCAUUUUUGAAGGGCCGUGUUGACCGGAUUGUGAACAAUUUCCCAGAUACAUUAAACUCACGUAUACAACGAAAUAUAGGGGGUAAUAUCCAGCAAGACCAGUUACAUUUUACCGAUGAAAUUAUGGAACUUUCCAGGGUGAAAUGCGCUAUCUGUCUUCUAUCAUCGUAUGUUGAUAAAUUUUAUUUAGAUGAUCUCAUGAAGAGCUAUGACUUCACUGCUCUCGAUAAGUACUUGGAAGAAUACCAAAAAGUAGAGGAGGGAAACAGGAUAGCGGAAGAAAAUCUCAGAGCACUAAAUCAGAAGGUAGCACAUGGUGCAAAAUCCAGAAAGAGGAAGCAUUCAGCCAAGAAGGUGAAGCCAGUGAAGAAGGUUGAAAUAGGCCGUGGCGCUUUGGAUAUGUUUUUCAAAAGAAAGUGA